AUGGCCUCGACAACCCUGGUUCUUGAUGGACUCCCUAGGAGCAUUUUGACUAAUGUUCUUGAUUUGCUUGAGCUCAGAGAUCUCUGCAAUUUCUGUCUGGUAUCACAAGGCUUUGCCGCGAGGUGUCGCGAGAACGCUGCCUUCCAGAAAUAUUUCUUGACGAAAACGUUGAAAUGGACUUUCAUCCAUCAAAUACAGGAAUUCGUCCAUCUUACGCAUGAAAACCGAAUGGGUUGCCUGGUACGGAACCUGCGUAUUGUGGGUGUAGUCGGCAUACCACCAGCUACUGAACUUCAGUCUUGCAUCACACUGCUUGCACAAGCUUUCACCAAUCUACGGCUGAAUUCGACGCAUGCCGGCUUGCAAUCUAUUACCUUACUAGUCGAGGUUCAAGUUGAGGAUGGUGACGACCAUAGUGAGCUAGUGUCUGUUGAAAAAGUCCGUGAUUGGAAGCAAGUCUGGCAUACUGCCGCACAGACUUUCCAAAUAGUAUCGUUGGCGCUUGCGGAAAGUGCCUUAUCGGUUGAAAUGUUGGAUGUGUUUAGCACCGUUAAUCGGUGUAGCCUGGCCUGCGAUCAGAUUGGCCAGGUCCUAGAUGCCCUGCAAAUGUCUCGUGCAUUAGGGAAGUUGAAGUCUGUUUCACUGAGCCUAUCACAUCAUAUGGUGGAGGAAGAUUCUGUUGGCAAACACCACACAGCCGCUCAAAGUCACGCUGUCGAUAUUGCUCGUCUUCUGGAACUAUGUCAACAAGUGGAAAAGCUUGAAUUACACUGGUACAACCUACGUCAGAUAAAACUGGACAAAUCAGACGUAGAGGAAAGGCAGUUCCUCACUCGUGUACUACAGUCAACGCAUUUCGGCCAACUACAGCUUUGUCAAUUGAAAGGGAUAUACACAGAUGAGAUUACACUUCUUACCUUUCUUCAAAAGGCCAGCCAGCUAUGCGGUCUCAGCAUGGAGUGGGUUCAUCUGCAUACAGGCAAGUUUAGACCUAUAUUCGACUACCUGACCACCCACGCCAGUCACUUGAACGAACUACACUUGAACAAUCUUUGGGAAAGUCGCUUGAUCUACUUUUACGGACCAGGGAAACCGCAUUUCCCUACUAGCUCUGCUAGCGACGGGCCCAACAAUUUGACUAGAAGAGGAGUCGAUUGUCAUCGCACAAUACGAUAUCGCUUCUCCAAAGGGUUUGUACGUGGUUCUGCUCAAGCAGCCAAUGGGCGGCGUAGAAACAACAUCCUAUACGGUCCUCCGUAUGGUGAAAUAAGAUAG